AUGUCUGGGUUGAGGGUCACGAGAAGUCCCUCCCCCUUGUCUCCGCUCCCAUCCUUUUCCUCCCCGUUUGGGUUUCUAUUCCGCCUCCUAUCCCUCUGCCUCGCCAUUUCUCUCUAUCCGGCCUCCUCAUCUGCGCAGCAGACUGUGCCUGUCAUCUCCACGGCUCAUGGUCGCAUCCGUGGCAUCCUGACCCCGCUGCCCUCCGACCUCCUGGGGCCUGUUAUCCAGUACCUGGGAGUACCAUACGCAAGGCCUCCAACGGGGGAUCGGCGCUUCCAGCCUCCCGAGCCUCCUCUACCCUGGCCAGGGAUACGAAAUGUGACGCAGUUUGCUCCAGUAUGCCCGCAGUCGCUGGAUGAGAGGAGCAUGCUGGGAGAUAUGAUGCCGUCCUGGCUCACGGCUAACCUGGAUAUAGCGGCGACGUACCUCACUCACCAAAGUGAGGAUUGUCUCUACCUCAAUAUCUACGUGCCCACUGAGGAAGACAUCCAUGAGGAGGGAGGUCAGCGGCCGGUGAUGGUCUAUGUCCACGGGGGCUCGUAUACAGAAGGCACCGGUAACAUGAUGGAUGGCAGCGUGCUUGCAAGCUACGGCAACGUCAUUGUCAUAACCCUCAACUAUCGCCUAGGAGUGCUGGGAUUUCUUAGUACAGGUGACCAGGCAGCAAAAGGGAACUACGGCUUGUUAGAUCAGAUCCAGGCUCUCCGCUGGGUGAAGGAGAACAUUGGCGCCUUCGGAGGAGACCCAAACAGGGUUACUGUAUUCGGAUCCGGGGCCGGAGCUUCCUGCGUCAGCCUCCUCACCUUGUCUCACUACUCAGAGGACCUGUUCCACAGAGCCAUCAUCCAGAGUGGCAGCGCUUUAGCCAGUUGGGCUGUCAACUACCAGCCCAGCAAGUACGCCCGGCAGCUUGGCGAGAGGGUGGGCUGCGGCAUCGACGACAGCACCCAACUGGUCGCCUGCCUUCAAGGCCGGAGUUACCGCGAACUUGUGGAGCAGAACGUUACACCGGCCAAAUAUCAUACAGCCUUUGCCCCUGUGAUUGAUGGUGAUGUUAUACCUGAUGACCCCCAGAUUCUGAUGGAGCAGGGAGAGUUUCUGAACUACGACGUGAUGCUGGGGGUUAAUCAGGGCGAGGGCGUGAAGUUUGUGGAGGGCAUCGUGGACUCAGAGGACGGUGUCACGGCUGAGGACUUUGACUUUGCUGUGUCAGACUUUGUGGACAGUUUGUAUGGAUACCCAGAAGGCCGAGAUACACUGAGAGAGAGCAUAAGGUUCAUGUACACAGACUGGGCGGACCGAGACAAUGCAGAAACCCGGAGGAAGACUCUCGUAGCGCUGUUCACAGACCACCAAUGGGUGGCACCAGCGAUCGCCACAGCUGACCUCCACGCUCAGUACGGAUCCCCCACCUACUUCUACUCCUUUUACCACCACUGCCAGAGUGACGCUACACCUCCCUGGGCUGACUCUGCCCAUGGUGAUGAGGUGCCCUACGUGUUCGGCGUGCCCAUGGUGGGACCCACUGAUCUGUUCAACUGUAACUUCUCCAAGAACGACGUGAUGCUGAGCGCUGUAGUCAUGACUUACUGGACCAACUUUGCCAAGACUGGUGACCCAAACCAGCCAGUUCCUCAAGAUACCAAGUUCAUCCACACUAAACCUAACCGUUUUGAAGAGGUGGCCUGGUCCAAGUACACCCCUAAAGAGCAGCUGUACCUCCACAUUGGCCUGAAGCCCCGUGUCAGAGACCACUACCGUGCCACCAAAAUCUCCUUCUGGCUCCAGCUGGUCCCUCACUUGCAUCAUGUCAAUGAGCUCCUCCAGUCGGUGUCCUCCUUCACGCAUAGUCCGUCUCCACAGGACGACACCCCUUAUUCUUACACCAAGCGUCUAGCCAAAGGUUGGCCGCCUAGUAGCACACGCCAUCCAGGUUCACAGGCAGGUACUCCUCAGCCACCGGAGUCUGCUUUAGGCCAAGGUGGGGAAGAAAACGGGGUCCGCGUCCCUAAUGAGGACUACUCAACUGAACUCUCAGUGACGAUUGCGGUGGGAGCGUCACUGUUGUUUCUCAACAUCCUCGCGUUCGCGGCUCUGCUAUACAAGAAAGACAAGAGGCGUCUGGAGCAUCGUCGGCCUCGUCCGCUUCCUCCCCCGCGACGAGACAUCACACCUGCAGAUGUCGCCGCCCACCUGCAGGGGGAGGGACUAAUGUCAUUACAGGUGAAGCAGCUGGAGUGUGAUGUUGCAUCAGCAGACGAGAGGAACAACACUCACCACCAUCACACUCUAGACACGCUGGACGCCCUGGACGGCAUGGACACCCAGGACAUCUACAGCACACUGGACACCGUGCGCCUCACCUGCCCACCCGAUUAUACCCUCACCUUGCGCCGCUCACCUGAUGACGUCCCCCUCAUGACCUCUCUGACCCCAGGAUCACUGCCUGUGACCCCUGGGUCACACCCUGUUACCCCGGCAACUCCAAUGACCCCCAUGACGCCCGGCUCAGUGGUGGGGAUGAGGAUGGGGAAUCCGCACCAGGGAUACACACACCAUAGCCCAUAUAGUAAUACACACUUGCCACACACACACAUCUCAGCGCACACACACUCCACCACGCGUGUAUAACCGCAGCAAGAUAACUGCACAUACAGGGACAUAAUUAUAACACACACACACAGCUACUAACGAGCACACACACACCCGUGCGUACACACACACGCACACACACACACACGCACACACACACACACACACACACGCACACACACACACACACACACACACACACACACACACACACACACACACACACACAUAUAACAAAAGACUUAAAUACCUCUACUAAUUACCCUGCAGGAUUGUUACAGAUGGAGUGACAGAAAGACAUUUUCAGUAACAGGAUGAAAAGACAGACAGCUGUGUGUUGCAUGUCUGGGAACUGAAGAAAAACUGGAUCCCAGGAGAUGCAGUUCUAUGCAUCAUUCGCUUAUAUCCUGGAACAAGACGAGCCAAGACAUCCAUCAAAUGUCUCCAAACCUGCUUUGGAUAUUAAAUCUUCUGCUUUUUCUACACCUGAGGAGUAAGAGGAGGAGCUCUGUGGCGAAAGGGUCAGUUAUGGAUCAGUUUACAUCUCGUACUGUACCUGUGCUGCACAGUGAAGCAGUGCUGGGACUGAGCAAAGCAGAUGCAGAUGCAGGGCUGAGCUAAAGAGUACCACACACAGACUGCUGAUGUCAACUUGAACAACCUGUGAAAUGUGAAUGUAGCAUUUUUUCCAUUAAAAGAUCAAAGGCCCUAUCUGCCAAGGAUCAAACUAAGCUGUGGAGAAAAUAACAAAUUUCAGCAAGAGAUGGAUGUAAAGACAGACAGAGAGGAAGAGGGGAUUAAAAAAAACAACAUUAGUUGAUGGAAAAGUUAGUCAGAUGGUGUGAAAAAGAUUAAGAUUUUAUUGAGAGGGAUUUAACAGCUGCGAGAGCGAGAAAGACAAAGUGAGAUAGAGUGAAAUGGAAAACACAGGAAUGGAAAGUGUGCCAAGAGACAGAAACUAGCUUCAGCAGAAGAAGGGUUGUCAGAUUUACUGAAGAAUCACUCUAACCAGCUAUGUGUUAAACUCUUGUAAAUAGAAUGGAAAGAAACAGAUGAUAUAUUAUGAUUUAUAGCAUUUACCUGCUCUUGCAUUAAAACAUGACUUAUUUAACCACAUUAUUGCUUUCAUUUCAGAUAUUACUAUAUUAUUGUAUAGAUGUCCUAAAGCAAGGCUGGUUGUCUUUCUAUCUCACCCACUGUAGUAUGUACACAGUACAUUUAUUUAAAGGCUAUAUUUGCUAUGCACAGCCAUUUCAGUAAUUCUUAACUGUGUAAACAUCUAGAUACUUGUUUAGUAGUUGAAGUAUAGGACAUUUUUCACACCAUCCUGUCUAUUUGUUUAACCAUUGGGUGAUGAGCUAGUACUGUGUAGAUAAUGCAAUAUUGGUUUGAUGAUUGAGCACCAGCCAAAAACCAUGACCCUUAACCCUUUGAACCUAACCCCUUCCCGUUCUCCUUUCCCCUUUGCUCCUAAAAUUCUUCUAAUAGGCCUUUCCCGUAAUUCCUAAUUAACCUAACCUUAACAGACAGGUGGUGAUGAUUCAGGGGGUCCCGAGUAACAGCAAGUCCCAAAAGGUCAAGAAUGCUUUUUCAUAUUUGUGUGACCUUUAUGUUUCACACCUUACCAGGGGCCCCAGUAAUUCUAGAAGCGCCCCUGCUUGAACUACCUAAUGCUGACUGAAACCUUCUCCCUCUCAACAGAGAUCGAAAACAUUUCGCAAACUAAGAAUUGUUGAAGCUUAAAAUCUCUCCACAGUGUCACCCUGUAGAAAAAUGUGGAUCUGUCACCCACAUUUUAAAAGUCUGGAGUUGGGUUUACUACAUGCCACCAUGGUGUCAAUUGUUUGGAGCCAAAUUUGAUUAACGAGCUGGAGGCUGGGUGGAGCUGAGGAGGGAUGAUCACCUCGGCUUUGUGUGAUCGUUUGAUAGACUUGACAUUGAUGGCAAACACGCCUCCAAACAUGCCGCUUGUUAAGCCUUAAUACCAUCUUAACGAAGCAAUACUGCUUUUCAAAUUGCCACUAAGACACACUUUAGAGCAGUGAAAUGAAUGAUCAAACUGACAACCAUCCAGUGGAAAUAAUGAUUGACUGGAUUUCAGAGAGAAGCUGGAGGUUUUCCUGCUGACUUCACAGUGAGUGCUUGGGGGACGGUCGUGGUUACUGCUAUGUGUCAUCAUAAUAAGACUCCCAGCAUUUCUAAAAUCAAUUUCAACCAUUCUGGCAUUGUGGCAGACAUGUGGUACUGUAGUUUUACUAAGAUAAAAAACCCCAACCUCCCAUACCUUAAUCCUAACCGCUAACUCAACCAAAGGCCCUAACCCCGUUAUUGUAAUUUACCUAUUUUAUCCUCUUUUCCUGCUUUCCUUCCCUGUCUCCUCUACCCCCAACCCCAGCCCCCACCCCUCCCAGCCUCACCUGUGCGACUACAUGCAGCUUUGUCACAGUGAGGCCUAUUUAACCUCCUCUCAUCCUAAGUAACUUCUUCACGAGAGAUUUUAGUUAACUGUCAACAGAAUACAUGAAAAAUGAAAGCCGAAAAAUGUGUAGAUGGCAAGCAAAGAACUUUUACAAAAUGAUAUAAAAAUUAAUGUUAAACAGAUGUUUGAUUGACUGAAUAUUUUUUUCAUAUGGGUUUAUUGACUCAGCGGAUGGCUGGAUUGUGUCAAGCAUAAAACAUUUCUGCUGCAUUUUUGAAAAAUAAAAUAUCAGUAUUUUACAAUUUA